GCACAUCAGUAAGACUAUCGUUACUCGUUUGCCUGGAAUAUAUCUCUACUGUAUACAGGCAAUUUACUAAAACAAUGGAUAACUACAGUAAGUAAGAAAAGCCAAGCUACUUUAACUUCAUGAACUUUACUUUAAUGCAAGUUUCUUUUACGUAGAACUGCUCAGACAGAAUAGAAACUAUUCAAAGAGAGAAAAGUGAUCAUACUGCAACAAGAAACUAGUUAUGAUUGAGAGCAAGUCUGUUUCCAUGGUGAUGAAGUCAGGAGUCAAACAAAACUUAGUGUUACAACAAGAGCUGUUAAAAUCCACAUUCACUUCAUCACAUCUUCAGCCCCCAUGCUCAUGUGCACAGCUCGUCAGUCAUUGCACGUCAUUAAGCCUCGAUCUACCCUGAUCCGAGUAAGAACGGCAUCUCACCAGCCUCUUUGCCAGUCUGAGUCCACAACUAUAUCAAGAACAGCCUCUUGGCACAAAUGGAGGGAGUCGUUUCGGAGAGAAGACGCUAUCAGAACUUUUCUGAAAUUUACGUGUUGACCACAAAGGAGCAAAAGGUUUGAGAGGCCUCUUUGAAAAAGCACAAGAGUGAAGGUCUGUUAAAAACUUUUCUAAAAUGAUAUGCGGUCAUGCUUUACAUUAAGUCUGUAUAGAACUUUUUUUUUAAAUCAAAUUCCUACAUUUAUUGCUCUGAAAGCUCAGCAACAGGCUGCGAAUUCUGAACAUGUGAAAUGAGAAAAAAAUAUAUAACUUAUCACGUAAUUACCACAUUUGAAGUGAAGUGGCGCACUUGCACUUUAUGUAAAGCAUAGCUUAAUCUCAUGCCCUCUUAUAUUAAAUGUGGUUUUAAAAGAAGUACAUUGGUUUUAGAAAUAUGUAGGUUGGUCGUGCCCAUUCGGUAUUAGUGAGUUUGAAAAAUGGGAAUGUUGAAAAUGUUACCUUAAAAAAACUCCACGUCCUACAAUCAAGCAUGCAAUGGUUAUCCAUAUACUAGACUGUGACAUCAUCAGAGGCAGUCCACAAAUGUCUUCCUCUUCGGUUAAAAAAAAAAAAAAAAGAAAGAAAACAUGUUCUGGGUCGCUUGGCACAUCUUUUUCUUAUUCACUUUAACUACUGUUUAAGUUUCAUUUCUGCUAUCUCUACAAAAAACGCCAUUCGACCCGCACUGGAAUUGUUCCAUUGAAGCUCCUGUUUGUGGCGUUUGAUUGUAGAGUGUCUUAUUCAGCUGUUGAUAAUUAUUGUCUUUUGUCUCUACAUGACAUUUUUGUUGUGAAAAAAAAAAAAUUACAAUUUUCUGUGCCUCUCUCAAGAGACACCCUGUACUGCAAGGAGACUAUGCUUAAAAUUUAAAUAUUCUUUUACGUUAUAACUUUGUUAAUUGGCUUUAUUUUAUGUAGUUUUAUUAAAUCCCAAAUUCUAAAAUAGACUUUGUGUUCAUAUUUAUGUUUUUAUGAUUUCUUCAUUGUGUCCUACUUGUAUUUAUGUUUGGAUAGAUGAUAAGGCUUAGCCCUAUAUGUUCAGCUUCAGAUAAUGUACGUUAUCUCAUGGUGAAUGUUUGAGUAUAAGAAUGACUUACCUGUUGAGCCCAGCCUGAUAAUUAAUCAUGAUACAUGUCAACAGAGGAGGGAAAUGCAGAUUGGCAAAACAUUUCUGGCAAAUAUUGAUUUUCAAAACCUUCAUCCUUUCUUGUUGCUUAACACUACCGAGCUGAACUUUGCUAUUCCUGUGUUGAUCUCAUAAUUCAAUGUUUAAAAAAAUAAUAAUUGGAAGGUGCAAGAGAAGACACUUUGAAAACUAUUUAAAACUUGUUGCCAGCGAUCUUUGACCAUCUGUAUCUUAGGAAAAACACAAAGUAGGUGCUGGAUUUACGUUGCCCUGGAAUAAGAAUUAGAGAUGUUGUUAAUUGUAAGAGAAGAAAUGUAAAUGUAGUUCACUCAACUGAAAUCAUAAGCUUGUGCGUUCAGUGAUGAACAUUAAGCAUUGAGGAAAAUGUUAAUACUGACAAUCCAGCAUAUCUGUGUUUCUUUCCUUCCCUGCCCAACCCUGAUUGACUAGAUGAGCUAAGAGAAAAAAAAAACAUGUUUUAAAUAAGUUGUAUACCUCUUGGAGUUAGUUGUGGUAGAUUUGGUAAGUCAAUCAAAUGGAAAUGUGCAUUAGUGUGUUGAUUACCUGGGUCUGUCCUUCUAACACAAGCUGCUUGCUCCUUGCAGGGAUUCAGUUUCGUCUCCCUACUUCGUGCAGUGUGGACCGCGCUCAGCCACCUCCAGCGGUAUCAUUUCCUACCAGUUACAAGAAGACCCCACCUCCUGUGCCCCCGCGCACCACCACCAAGCCUCUUAUCUCUGUGACAGCCCAGAGCAGCACAGAGUCCACACAAGAUGCCUACCACGACGGCAGGCAUCCACGGGGCGGCCUGUGGACCACGGAUAGCCUUGGUCGUCCCAUCUACAGCUCCAUGGACAGCCUGGACAGCACCAAGGCGGUCACCAUGGCCAUGGAGUCGGCAGCAGGCAAGAGGCACGCGUCUUUGGGCAGCCACACCUCUGUCCAGACGUGCGACAAAGCAGUGCUGGUGUCCAAGGCCGAGGAGUACCUCAAAACCCCAAGAUCCUCUAUUGGUAUACAGGUAGAAAGUGUGACGGACUCUGAGACUGAAACUAAAGGCCUUCCUCAGUUCCAUUCUAUAGGGAUCCAGGUGGAGGAUCAUAAACGGCAUGGGAGGUUCAAGCGCUCAAACAGCGUGACCACAGCGGUACAGGCAGACAUGGAGCUGGAGGGCUUCCCCUCCAUGGAGGACAAGGGCCUGCAGUUCGGCGGCGGCUUUGGUCGCCACUCUGAGCCCAGCACGCCCACGCAGUACGGCGCCAUCCGCACGGUGCGCACGCAAGGCCUGUUCAGUUACAGGGAGGACUACCGGCCUUCCAGCGGACCCCCCAGCCCUCAGCCUGAACCCUGGCUGGUCGAACCCAGUCUGCAGGGCGCGGAAGCGGGCCGAGUCUCUCCCCUCCGCAGGGACGGCAGCUGGUUCAUGCAGCUCCUUCACAAUGAAACCAAACGGCUUGAAGGGUGGUGCAAAGAGAUGGAGAGAGAGGCAGAGGAGCAUGACCUGUCAGAGGAGAUCCUCGGGAAAAUCCGGAGCGCAGUUGGAAGUGCUCAGCUACUAAUGUCUCAAAAGUUUCAGCAGUUCUACUGGCUGUGUCAGCAGAAUCUGGACCCCAGUGCCAUGCCCAGACCCACAUCUCAGGACCUGGCUGGAUUCUGGGACCUCUUGCAGCUUUCCAUCGAUGACGUCACUGCCAAGUUUGAUGAGCUGCAGCAGAUCAAGAGCAACCAGUGGCGGCUGGUAGGGAGCCCAGAGAAGAAGGAGCGAAAGUGGCCCCCACCAUUGCCAAAGCGGCCAUCCAAGGGGCGUGGCAGCAUGAUGCGCGAGCGAUCUCUGGACCUUCAGGACCGCCAGCGACAGGAAGCUCGCAGACGCCUCAUGGCUGCCAAACGAGCAGCUUCUUUUAGACAGAACUCAGCCACAGAGAGGGCAGACAGCAUCGAGAUCUACAUCCCCGAGGCCCAGACGCGACUUUGAGGUCCACGGACUCGUCCUCAUCUCCCCCCCCCCCCCCCCCCCCCCCUCACCCACCCACCUCAACCUUCAUCCAACACCAGCUUGUGAUGUCACAUCCAGCCUCCCCCUGCUGUCAAUCGACUGUCACUGCAAUCAGCAUUCUCUGGUUUGUCCCUGCUGCAGCUACACCCGGCAAGAUUUACCAAAUUGUUAUAAUGUGGCACUGCCAGAGGGAAGAGGCCCCCGUUUUUGUUAUCAAGAGUGACUAAUCAGG